AUGGCGGCGAGCGCUAAUCCGCCGGGGAACAAUCAGGAAGGCUCCUCGGCGGCGGGUCAAAAGGUAUCGUCUUCAUCGGCGACGAACGGUGGCGGUGCUGUGAAUUCGGUUGAUAACGGUUCGGUGGAGAAUUCGCAGACGGUUAGCGCGUUGAGGCAUAAUCCAGGGAUCUCUACGGAUUGGACUCAUGAGGAGCAAUCUUUAUUGGAAGAUUUGCUCGCAAAGUACGCGUCAGAUCCUAUGAUUGUUCGGUAUGCGAAGAUUGCUAUGAAGAUGAAGGAUAAGACUGUUAGAGAUGUUGCCCUUCGUUGUAGAUGGAUGACUAAGAAGGAAAAUGGAAAGCGUAGGAAAGAAGACCAUUCCUCAAGGAAGAGUAAAGAUAAGAAAGAAAAAACUACGGAUACUUCGGCAAAGUCGUCAUCUCAUUUGAAUGUGCAUCCGAAUGGUCCUUCAUUUGCUCCUCCUAUGAUGCCUUUAGAUACUGAUGAUGGCAUUUCAUAUAAAGCUAUUGGUGGUGUGAGUGGAGAUCUUCUUGAACAAAAUGCUCAGAUGUUCAACCAAGUUUCUUCAAAUUUCUCUGCUUUCCAGAUACAUGAUAACGUCAAUAUCUUGUGCAAAGCUCGAGACAAUAUUCUCGCAAUAUUGAAUGACUUGAAUGACAUGCCAGAAGUUAUGAGGCAGAUGCCAGCUCUUCCUGUGAAGUUGAACGAAGAGCUGGCGAAUUCAAUCCUCCCUCGCCCUCCACCUCCACCUCCCCAUCAACGAAAGUCUUGA